AUGGCCACCAAGUGGUUCACUGGGGCGCCCUUCGGGGUGCAGAGCCACAGGUUUGACGUCUCCGCUGUUUAUCCCAAACAGAAGAAGUUGAGCACCUUCACGGAGGCCCCAUACUCCAGGUUUUAUUCCGUGGACAUGUCCCACAUGGGACCUGGGACCUACGGCUGCAAGGAGACCUGCUUCAGCAGGAAGAAGCUGAGGAAGGAGGCGGGCACAGGCUGGGCCAAGGCCCAGGAAGCCACCCGGCUGACCCGGCUGCCCCACUUCCAGUACCGGGCCAUCAUGAGAGAGAAGCAGCUGCAGAACGAAAAGCUGGGGCCCGGCUCCUACAACUUCAAAGACUUCUUAGAACAGCUGCAGCAGAAACCGUGCAGCACCCGGGGGCUGCUCAGCUCUGGGGAGAUUCGCUUCCGAGGACUCAUCGGGAACUACUGUCCAGGCCCUGGAAAUUACGGGGAGAAGGGCAACCCGUACACGAAGCUGGAGCAGAGCUCCUGGAACCGGUCGCAUUCUGAGGGCCUCAUGUGCAGGAUGACCAACAAGCCGCCCCCGUUGGCCCAUCAGGGGAGUGGUCUGGCACCAGGCACCUACUCCAUCAAAAGUGGCAUCGAAGCAUGCCUGGCAAAAUCCAUGGGCACUCGUGGCUUCUAUGACACUUUCUCUGGUGACCGGAGCAAGCCCCAGCCUUACGGACAUUACUCUGUGCAGGAAAAACCCCCCAGGGAACUGAUGACUUUCAAGAGUUUUGUGGAAGAACUUAACUCACGUCACAAUAAGAAGCGUGGGGUUUUUUCAAAAGUUUCCCGCAACCCAGAAACCCCUCCUGAGAGGAUUUACUGGUCCACCCUCAGCCAGUGCCCCCGAAAACUAGCCACAUCUGGUCCCGGGAUGUGGCUUCCUCCAGAGAAGAAAUGCAAACGUGUCAGCCAGCCACCGUUCCUGCUGUCCUCCAAGAGGAUAGGCAUGAAGGCCUACCAGACGCUUUUGGGAAGCUGGAACCCUGUAGGUGUGGGCCGCUACCUCAACCCCUGGCUGAUGGAGACAAAGGACCGGCGGCAGCGAUAUCGGUCCCUGUUCCUGGGCGGAUCCAAGCGCUAUCCCUCCGACCCGGCCUGGGACAGGCUCAUGCAGGAAAGGAUCACACCGUUUACUAAGGGGAAGUGCCCACCCGUCGUGGAUCACAAUUCAGAUCCUACUCCUUAAAGCCGCAUAUGAAGGACAGCAUGCAGUGACCGGGGAGCCCAAAGGCCUGAAGACAAAUCUGGGGAUGGGAGGGUAGG